AUGACAAUGAAGGAAGCCCCAGAGGGCAUGCGCGCCGAGCUUGAAACCCAAGCUUCAAUUGAUGCAGCAUGGGAUUCGUCUGCUAUCAAACGGCGGCUGUCGUUCAGCCAGCCUGAACCCUCACUUCCAAUUCCUCAUACGUCGUCGGAUAGACAGCAUGCAGCAGCUCACGACGAAGCCAUUAGCAUCGCUGCCCUAGAGGCAGAGAGAAAGGUUAUUGCUGAAGAGCCGGAGAAGGAGGCCUUGUUGGAAGAAGAGGAAGAGAAGAAAACAAUCCUUUACCUAGCCUACGGCUCGAACAUGUGUGCCCAAACAUUCCGCAAGACUCGCAAAGUCACACCUCUUUCACAAGCGAACGUCUACGUACCUAAUCUUUGCCUCACCUUCGACCUGCCUGGAGUUGCAUACCUCGAGCCAUGUUUUGCGGGAACACAAUAUCGCGACCAGAAAACGGGGAUGCCGAUUUACCCAGGCAAGCCUGCGCAACAAGUCCCAAUCGGAAAGGAAGGCCGAUGGCUUAAACCCCUCGUUGGAGUUGUAUAUGAGGUUACAAUGAAAGAUUACGCACGCAUAAUAGCUACAGAGGGUGGUGGCUCUUCAUACGUGGAUGUUGUCGUCGACUGCCAUCCGUUUCCUGAAAACUAUGACCCAGAUGGGCCAGUACCUGAUAUGCCAGAUACGGAACCGUUCAUGGCGCAUACCCUUCUCUCGCCAGCCACGGCAGGACAGAGCCCCGGCCAUUGUCAUGAACCAGAAGAUGUCAAGAAACCUGCCCAAUUGAACCCUGGUUUUAACAGAAGUCGUCCGCACCCCGACUACGCACGACCUUCACCACGAUAUAUGAACCUUCUUAUCACAGGCGCGCAGGAGCAUGACCUCCCCUCCGAAUAUCGCAAAUACCUCUCUUCUGUCGAGCCUUAUCGGCCCACAUCCAUCAUGCAGCGAAUCGGCCAAGCUACAUUCGGCGUAAUGUGGAUUCCACCUCUUCUGCUUAGCCUUAGGUUAAAUGCAUUGUUUGCUAAUAAGGACGGUAAAACGCCAGGAUGGCUGGCCGCAUUCCAGCGUACUUUGUUUGCAGCAUCGUGGAUGUCAUAUGACUCUUUUUUCAAGUACAUAUUCGGAGAUGGCGAACGCACCAUCCAUACUCGCGCUUCCAUGGCCAAGUUGGAGUGA